AUACUUUCUGAAGUCUGCCAGUUCCCUGAGAGGCACGCGCUGGGGUAGAAUCGACCAGCAGUAUUUAUUCGUUUCUCAUGUCGAUAUCAGCGCCGUGCCGCGCAUGCUAACUCCUGUCGGCAUUUCCGGCGGGAAAUCGAAGCCGUCUCGUGCUGUAUAGUUUUCAGACGUUGACUUGGUCCUUACGAGCUAUGACACAAACGCAGUCAGAGGCGACGUGGGUGGUGGAGGUGACCAAGUACAAGGACGUCAGCAAGGAUGCGCUCAGCGUCGCCAUGGCAGAUCUCGAGGCGGAGGUGUCGCGGGGAAACGGGCCGAUCACCAUUCUGCUCGUGCACGUCAUGACCGAGGUCCCUUGCUCCCGCGGCAUGGACCUCCCCGCGAGCGAGGUGGACCCGAAGACGGCGCUGGAGCACGGCAGGCGCCUCGUCGAGGUCAUGCUCCGCCCGCUGCUCGCGCACGCCAAAACCAGGAAGGUGCACUGCAACGCGUCCAUCGAGCGCAACGACCGCAAGGAGCUGGGGCUGUGUGCUGCGGCGCGCCGAGCCAACGCGCAGCGCGUCUAUGUGGGCCUGCGCAAGAAGCUGCUGGGGUGGUCGUCGUCAGCGUCGUCGCACUACGAGGCGGGGCUGCCGCCGUCGUGUCUGCUCGUGCUCGUGCAGGCCGCCAAGCUGCUGCAGUCGCUGCCGGGCGCGGGCGGGGACUCGCCGUUCUUCGUCGUGCCGCUCAACGCCUUCAUCUUCUGCCGCUACAACGCCCCCGCUGCCCCCGCCUCCGCCGCGCCCGCCUUGUCCGCGCCGCUCUCAGGGUCGGGGUCCGCCACGCCGGACUCAGAGCACCUCUCAGGGUCGCGCAUCAAUGCGCAGUUGCUGCUCGCCCCACAGGCAGCGGCCAUGGGCGCGGCGGAGGCGGCGCUGGCAGGGCACCGCGCGUCGUCGUCCCUGUCGCACGUGGAGGGGGACGAUCUGCUGCAGUCGCCGCACCAGGCGCGCUCCUCCAGCGCGCGCUUCUCCCUUGCGCCCGGCGCGCUCGACACACCCACCGCUGCGGGCGUGGCGGGCGUGGGAGGCACGUGGGGGACGGGGUCGCUAGGCACGUCACCCAUGGUGCCAAGGGGGGGUUUAGGAGGGGCAGGGUUGGGGCCGGGGCUGGGAGCAGGCAUGGGGGAGAGCAGAGCAGGCAGCAACGGAGGCCUGCAUGGCGCGCUGAUGGGCGGCGCAGGGGGCGCUGCAGCUGCUGCCGUGUCCCCCGCCAUGCAACCCACGCCCCACCUCUCCCUGUCCCCGCCGCCCCCUGCCUCUGGCCACGCGCGCGCGUGCCAGCAGCAGAGGGUGCUGGCGGCGUGCAGCACGGACCCGCUCUCAGACAGGCCGCGCCACGCCCCCACUGCGCGCGCCUGUGACUCGCCCGCACCUCUCUGCGCCGGGCCCUGUGGGGGUGGUGCCGCCUGUGGGGGGGAUGGCGUGAAUCUGUUGGCGGGGGCGGGGAGGGGGGCAGAGCAGCUACGGCCAGGAGUGAUCUACUCGUCCGUGGAGGACACGAGUGACGGGGGGGGGAAGGCGGGGGGCGGCAGUGGCAGCGCGGCCGACCAGAGCGGCGGCAACGCAGCCUUCCUGGCGGACCUUGGCGCCUGCACGUCCUCCUCCCUGCAGGAGGAGCGCAUGGCCAGUUUGCGCGCCAUGCUGCCGGUUGAUGCGUCCACGGGGCACACCUCAUCCAACGUCUCCGCCUUUUCCUCCGUGGAGUUCCCCGGCCUUGCUGCCGCCACCCUGGCUGCUGACGCCCUUGCAGCUGACUAUCGUCCUGGGGUGGCAGCAGCAGCCAUAGCCGAGACUCUCGCCCAUCACCACCAUUCGCACCACCCCUCGCUGCUGCCCCUUCCCCCCGCGCCCCCCCUGGACGACGCCGCCUUUCAUCGCACCCUCUCCGACGCCGCCCGCCCAAAGUCCGGCCUGCCGCCCGCACGCGCCGCAGCGAGGGACUCAGGAGGGGGUGUGGUGGGAGUGGGGGGGGGAAGUGGCGCAGGCGGGGCGCGCGAGCCGGUGCGGUCGAGCAGCGCCAGCGCCAUGCCGCUGGACGCCGCUGCUGCCGCCGCCGCUGCUGCCGCCGCUGCCGUGGCCUACUCGGGCGCCUCCCCUGCGUCCACAGGUCGCCUCACCCCGCCCCUCCACGCCGGAAGGGAGAGCCCAGGCGGGCGGCGAGUGGCCUUCCACGUGGGGCUGGCGGGCGGUGGUGCUGCCAGCAUGCAGGGGGGCGAGGUGGCGGGGCAGAGGGCGGAGCAAGGGGUGGGCACGGAGGUAGAGGGCAAUGGUGGUGGGGAUGGGGAUGGAGGGGGAGGGGGAGGGGGCAUGCGGUCGCUGCUGGCGGACGAGCUGGCGCUGCUGGAUGAGGAGGAGGAGGCGGCAGGGGGGGGUGGGGAGGAGCGGUGGGAGGGCAAGGCAGUGAGCAGCAAUAGAGCGGCAGAGGCUGGCGCAGAGACACGCGGCAGUGAAAACAAGUCAGAGCGGUUUCUCUCGCAGCAGCUGCGUCUCUUGCAGCUGAGUGGGCCGCACUGCACUCUCUCCUCCGACUCGCCUGUGCCCGUGCUGCCGGACACAGCAUCGGGGGGGGAGGCGGCUCGCCCGGUGGCAGAGAUGGAGGCGCCUGGGCAGGCGGGGGCGGCGCCCAGCAGCCGCUUCUCGUCGCGCUUCUCGUCAUCGCGGCCCGCCGCCGCUGUCUCCUCGCUGCUGCCUCCCGUGGCGGCAGGCUUCAGCGCGAGCGGGGCCGGUGGGGGGCACAGUGUGGGCGCACACAGCAUGGGGCAGAUGGACCUGCGCGGGCUGGGCGGGGGGGGCGACGGCUUUGACUGCCGCCUCUUCACGCCCAAGCAGCUGGAGAAGGCGACGCGCGGCUACGCGCGGGAGAACCUGCUGGGGCGGGGUUCGUUUGGGUACGUGUUCCGGGGCGAGAUGCUGGGGUGCAAGGUGGCGGUGAAGCGGCUGGAGGGGCAGGGGUGGCAGGGGCCGGACGAGUUCCGCAUGGAGGUGGAGGUGCUCAGCCGCAUGCGCCACCCCAACAUCGUGCUGCUCAUGGGCUGCUGCGUCGAGGAGAUGGCGCUCAUCUACGAGUUCCUUUCGGGCGGCACACUGCAGGACAAGUUGGGCCCGCCCAAGUCUCCCGACGCCGUGCCUCUGUCGUGGGUGGACCGCCUGCGCAUCUUCUCGGAGAUCUCCUCGGCGCUGCUCUACCUGCACCAGAACGAGCCGCCCAUCGUGCACCGUGACCUCAAGCCGGACAACAUCCUGCUGGACGGGCACAUGAUGAGCAAGAUCGGCGACGUGGGGCUGGCGCGCCUGCUGUGCGCCGACGACGUGAUGACAAUGAAGGUGCGCGGCACAGCGGGGUACAUCGACCCCGAGGAGGUGGAGACGUGUGAGAUCAGCGUGCUGUCCGACAUCUACGCCUUGGGGCUCAUCCUGCUGCAGCUGCUCACGGGGCAGAAGAGUGUCAAGGCCGUGCACCGCAUGCUGGCCGACGCCACCGCGCACCAGGGCCGGCCUGGCCAUGGCCGGGGCGCGGCGGUGGCGGCGGAGGUGGUGCUGCGGUACCUGGACAGUGCGGCGGGCGACUGGCGCCUGGACCUGGCAGAGCAGGUGGCAGCGCUGGCGGUGCGGUGCGCUGAGCGGCGGCGGGAGAACCGGCCCGACCUGGCGGAGGAGAUCCACCCCACGCUGGUGCGCGUGGCGGGCGAGGCGGCGGCGGAGGAGAAGCGGCGCAAGAAGCGCAUCGACUCGCAGUUCAUCUGCCCGCUCUCCAAGGAGGUGAUGAAGGACCCGGUGGUGGCGGCGGACGGCUUCACCUAUGAGCGCGACCACAUCGCGCGCUGGAUGGCGUCGUCCGCGCUCUCGCCGUCUACGGGGCAGCCGCUGCCGCACACGUGCCUCACGCCCAACAAUGUGCUCAAGAACCUCAUCGCCUCCCACAAGUUCCACUGACACCCCCCCUGCCCUCCCACAAGCUCCACUGACGCCCCCCCUGCCGCCCCGCGCUCUGCGCCACAAGGAGACGGGUGGGAAACUGAGAGGGAGCGCAUAUUUCCUAGAAAAAGGGUUUCUGCGGUGCCACGUCGCCCCGCCAUCUGUUGGUAUGCCCUCACCUCGUGCAGGGUCCAGGUGCCCAUCAGCCUUUGUAGAUGCGGCAUUCUUUUCAGGGAAUGAAGAAGCAGAUGGCAGCUUUCAACUGCCUGUAAUAAUCUGUUAGUCUUCUCCUGCAGUUCUUCAACAGGCAUUUUACUGCAGCUGUAGUUAACUGCAUGCACAACCAGCGAGCAGUUAGACAGGAAAUCGUUGCUGAUCUUGCACCUGGACCCUUAUCAUAUUAUAAUAUGAGGUUGCUAUCGAA